UGUGUUCCAGCUGCCGAGUCUCACUCAGCUUUCAGCCGUCGCCUUCUCUGGGAGCUCGCCAUCACCGCCACGAGCUGUCGGACAAACACACCAUGAGUUGGUUCCUCACACUGGUGAAACGCAGCCUUGACACAUUCAAUAUGGCGGCGACGUUGACAUACGGCUCAGCCCUCGAUGCGGCGUUCACGUAUCUACGUCUGUGGUUUGGGUAAUGCUCCGCAACGCUUCACGAGGUCUCAUCUACUCGCCACUAGUUUUGACUGUAAUGUGGUUGACUUACAUUUUUUCGAGUUUCCAGGGUUAAUCCUAUAUCCUAAUGUCCACGUUUGAUGACGUUUUUCUUGCAACUUCCCGCGACUUUUAAGACAACCAAUAGCUACCCUUCCUUACUGAGGCGGAGGCAGCACUGUGCCACCAUGGAUAUCGAGCUGAUGGAGGUGUCCAGCGAGAAAACAGCCACAGAAGGCGAACUCAAACCGGUCACGGAGGCCGGGGAGAGCUCCGGCAGCAAGAGCUCCGGCUCCUACGAGCUGCCCUGGGUGGAGAAGUACAGGCCGCUAAAGCUGAACGAGAUUGUGGGCAACGAGGACACUGUUAGCCGGCUGGAAGUGUUCGCCAGGGAGGGAAACGUCCCAAACAUAAUCAUUGCAGGUCCCCCCGGAACCGGAAAGACGACCAGCAUCCUGUGUUUGGCUCGAGCACUGCUGGGGCCUUCCAUGAAGGACGCCGUGCUGGAGCUCAACGCCUCAAACGACAGAGGAAUCGACGUGGUGAGGAACAAGAUAAAGAUGUUUGCUCAGCAGAAGGUCACGUUGCCCAAAGGACGACACAAGAUCAUCAUUCUGGAUGAAGCAGACAGCAUGACAGACGGGGCUCAGCAGGCGCUCAGGAGGAUCAUGGAAAUCUACUCGAAGACGACGCGCUUUGCCCUGGCCUGCAACGCCUCUGACAAGAUCAUAGAGCCCAUCCAGUCGCGCUGUGCCGUGCUGCGUUACUCCAAGCUGACGGACGGUCAGAUCCUGGCCCGGCUACAGGACGUGGUGGAGAAGGAGAGAUUGUCGGUGUCGGACGACGGCCUGGAGGCGGUCAUCUUUACAGCGCAGGGGGACAUGCGUCAGGCUCUCAACAACCUGCAGUCCACCAACUCGGGCUUCGGGUACAUCAAUAGUGAGAACGUAUUCAAGGUGUGCGACGAGCCGCACCCUCUGCUGGUGAAAAGCAUGCUGGGACACUGUGUGGACGGAAACGUGGAUGAGGCGUACAAGGUGGUGGAGCAUCUGUGGGCGCUGGGCUACUCGCCAGAGGACAUCAUCGGAAACAUCUUCAGAGUGUGCAAGACCUUCCAAAUGGCUGAGUACCUCAAGCUGGAGUUCAUUAAGGAGAUCGGGUACACGCACAUGCGCGUGGUGGAGGGCGUCAACUCUCUGUUGCAGAUGGCUGGACUCGUGGCUCGACUCUGCAGUAAGACGACACCCCCUACGGCCUGUUGAUGUCACUCCAGAUGCCUGUAAUAAAUCUUUUUUGUGUGUGUUUGAUGUUAAUGUUGGAGGAAAUGGGUUGACUUUCACACAAUAAACACAAAAAUAAACACAAUAUACAAUGUCACCGAGAUGGAGUUUCAUGCAAAUAAAUCAACUGUUUUGAGAAUCCAUGGU